UUGAUGCUCCACGGUUCCAACUGACGUCUUGCUCACCGCUUGUUUAACCGGUAUAGAUUCCCUGCCUUUCUCUUCUCUUCUGUUUCCUCUCGUGUGUCAUCACGCUAAAUACGCUACUUAUACCCCCGCGACGCUUGCACAUCCCACCACGAGCAGCCCGCGCCCCUAGUCAACGACACAUUGCCUCUUUUUCCCACACAACAUGGCGCCGCCCGGACGCCGGAGAGGCCAGCUCUCGCCCGCAACCAUCCUCCUCGGGCUCGCGUUUCUGUUUUCGUCGACCGCCUCCGCUGCAUCAGCCGUCAUCGGUGUCGAUCUUGGUACCGAAUACAUCAAGGCUACGCUGGUGAAGCCUGGUACCCCGCUUGAGAUUGUCCUCACCAAGGACUCGAAACGAAAAGAGACGGCUGCCGUUGCCUUCAAGCCAUCCAAAGGCGGCGCGCUCCCCGCAGGCUCAUAUCCCGAACGAUUCUACGGUGGCGAUGCGAUUGCACUGCAGGGACGAUUCCCUGGCGAGGUAUACCCCAACCUGAAGCACCUUCUGGGUGUCUCGAUUGAGAGCGAUGCGGUUUCUACAUACAAGGAAAGGUAUCCUGCACUCGGCGUCACCGGCACACCGGGACGCCCCACGGUCAGCUUUGAGAGCCAGGUGUUUGCCGAGGACAAGCUGUACUCGAUCGAGGAGCUACUGGCCAUGGAAUUGAAAAACGUCAGGGAGAACGCCAGGUUGAUGGCAGGCAAGGGCAACGAUGUCCAGGAGGUUGUCUUUACUGUUCCAGCAUUCUACACCGUGUCUGAAAGGCGUGCACUUGAGGUCGCUUCCCGACUGGCUGGUCUCAAGGUACUCAACGUUGUCACGGAUGGUCUGGCUGUUGGUCUCAACUAUGCCACAGGCAGGACAUUCGCAGAUGUUACCAAGGACGGAAACAAGCCGGAAAUCAACUUGGUCUUCGACAUGGGCGCUGGGUCUGCGUCUGCGACAGUUCUCAAAUUCCAGGGCCGCUCGGUCAAGGAUGUGGGCAAGCGCAACAAGACAAUCCAGGAGGUUCAGGUGAUGGGCACUGGGUGGGACAGAACACUCGGAGGCGAUGCGCUCAACUCGCUCAUCGUCGAUGACAUGGUUUCUACCUUUGUCGAGCUCCCCGCCGCCAAGAGCGCGUCUUUCACGGCUGAGAAAGUCAAGACUCACGGACGUACCGCUGCCAAAUUGUUCAAGGAGGCAGAGAGGGUUCGUCAGAUGCUCAGCGCCAACAAGGAUGCGAACUCAUUCUUUGAAAGCUUCUUCGAGGAUGUCGACUUUAAAUACAAGCUCACGCGCACCAAGUUUGAGGAGCUCGCAGCUGCCUAUGCCGAACGCGUGGAUGGUCCCAUCAACCGAGCUCUCGAAGCCGCUGGUCUUAGUCUUGACGAUAUCGACUCGGUUAUUGUUCACGGUGGCGCAAGCCGUACCCCGUUUGUUCAAGCUCGUCUUGAGGCAAUCGCAGGCAAAGGCAAGAUCAGGGCCAACGUCAACUCUGAUGAGGCCGCUGUGAUGGGCGCUGCUUUCAAAGCCGCUAGCCUGAGCCCGUCGUUCCGCGUCAAGGAGAUUCGCGAACUAGACACCCAAGGCUACAACCACGGCGCCGAGUACUGGUUUGACAUGAAAAAGAAGGAUGACACAAUCUUCACGCCUAGCACCAAGAUCGGCGCGACCAAGGACCUGCACUUCAAGAUGAUGGCCGAGUUUGAGUUUUCAAUGUACCAGGCCGUACCUGGCGCUGAUGGCAAGAUUUCAAAGGAGCCUACCAUGCACUUCCGCAGUGGUAACUUGACUCGCGUUGUCACUCAGAUGAUUGACGAAGAAAAGUGUGAUCGGGAGACCUUCAACAACUAUGUCAGGGUCCGAUUGAACCCGGUCACUGGUACUCCCCAGGUUCUCUCGGCCUGGGUGACGUGCGAAGCCGAGUCUGAAGAGCCCAAGGCUGGUAUUGUUGAUGGCGUCAAGAACCUAUUCGGUAUGGGUGGCAAGAAGGACCAGGAGCCAUUGAACGACAACGAGAGCUCUUCGUCGUCUGCGUCCAAGUCUUCCUCUUCGUCAUCACCAUCGUCAUCGUCUGCAGGUGCUGAGAGCACGGAUGCUGCCAAAGCUGAUGAGAAGAAGGUCAAGGUUGUCAGGUCUGCUCAUACGUUUGAUGUGGAGGAGUUGGGGUACAAGAAGGUUACCCGCAAGGAGUUCAAGAGGAUGCAAGACAGGCUUACCGCUUUCGAUGCGUCUGACAAGGCUCGUCGCGCUCGCGAAGAGGUUCUGAACUCGCUGGAAGCCUUUACCUACCGUGCACGCGACUACCUGGAGGAUGAGUCUUUCAUUGCCGCCUCGACUUCGGCAGUUCGCUCUACUCUCGAAACGACACUGAGUGAUGUAUCGGAUUGGCUUCACGCUGAAGGCGCUGAUGCCGAUGAGAAAACACUCAAGAGCAAGCUCAAGGAGCUGGAGGAUCUCGUCAACCCUGUCCUCAACCGCAAAGCUGAAGCAGCAAAGCGCCCAGAAGUUGUCAGGACUCUCAAAGAUACCAUAGCUCACCUCAAGGAAGUUGAACAGCUUGUUGACGGACAGAUCAAGACGCAGUCAUUUGAGAGUUCCAAGAGCAGCGAGGCCGUUUCCAAGGCCUCGGCUCAAGCGUCUGCAUCUGCAUCCACGGGCCCCAUGGCCGAGCUGGAAGAGGAAGAGGACGCACCCGCCGAGCCCGAAAUCACCGAAGUGCCCACCAUCUACACUGAAACCGACCUAAAGACUGUCCGGGAUGCUGCAUCCAAGGCCCAGGCCUGGCUCGACGAAAAUGAGGCUAAGCAGAGCAAGCUCGGCGAGACUGACGACCCCGCUUUUAGCGUCAAGGAAGUCGAGGCGGAGAAGAAGAAGCUGGAUGAUGUGGUCAUGGAGAUGAUGAUGAAGAAGAUGAAGUACUUCAAGCCGCCGAACCAGGAAAAGCCCAAGGCCAAGUCCAAGUCCAAGUCCAAGACUACCAAGUCCAAGAAGGCUAGCAACAAGAACAAGAAGGACGCGGCCGAGGAUCACAAGGACAAGAAGGGCCCGAGUGACGAGGAGCUGCAAGAGGCGCUCAAGAAGGCGGGCAUUAAUGCCGAGGGCAUCAAGCUUAAGGACCUUGGAAACAAGGGGGAGAAGAGUGACGAGAAGGGGCGCAUUCUGAAGAAGCUGGAUAUUGGAGAGGACGCGACCGAGGAGGAGAUUCUGGCGGCGCUUGACAAGGCGAUGAAGCAGAACAGGGAGAAGGAUGAGCUGUAGAUGGAUGUCUAUCACAUGUAAAAUCUCGGAGAAUGAGAUGGACAUGUGACGAGAGGGGUUGAUUCUUGGCUUGUGAAUACAUCAGAACAGAGCUAGA